AGGUGUCCAGGAGCUCGAGGUUGAGGGCUCUCCGGAGGGACGGACACCCGGCGGCCCGGCCGCGGACGUCUCAGCGAUGUUUUACUCAGGGCUCCUCACCGAGGGCGGCCGCAAGGAGACAGACAUGCGGGAAGCGGCGUCCCUGCGGCAGCAGCGCCGGAUGAAGCAGGCGGUGCAGUUCAUCCACAAAGACUCAGCCGAUCUGCUGCCCCUGGACGGCCUCAAAAAGCUGGGCUCGUCCAAGGACACGCAACCUCAUAACAUUCUGCAGAGGCGCCUCAUGGAAACCAACCUGUCUAAGCUCCGGAGCAGCCGUGUCCCUUGGGCCUCCAAGACCAACAAAUUCAGUCAGACUAAGUCUGAAGGGCUAAAGAAGUGUGACGAUGAUGACAUGAUUUUAGUGUCUUGCCAGUGUGCUGGGAGGGAUGUGAAAGCUUUGGUUGACACUGGCUGCCAACAUAAUCUCAUCUCCUCGGCCUGUGUGGACAGAUUGGGACUAAGGGACCAUGUCAAAUCCCAUAAGCACGAAGGAGAAAAGCUUUCUCUACCCCGGCAUCUCAAAGUAGUAGGCCAGAUUGAGCACCUACUGAUUACAGUGGGCUCUCUCCGCCUGGAUUGCCCAGCAGCUGUGGUUGAUGACAAUGAAAAAAGCUUGUCACUUGGUCUCCAGACUCUUCGAUCCCUGAAGUGUAUCAUAAACUUGGACAAGCACCGGCUGAUGGUGGGGAAGACAGACAAAGAAGAAAUUCCUUUUGUGGAGACAGUUUCUGUGAAUGAUGACAACACCUCAGAAGCAUAACUGCAGCCUGAAGCAUGUGUGCACGUGCACUCACACCAGGUUGACAGAUGAGACAACUGGGUUCGAACCAAAUACAGUAGCAACUUGCUAUGGACCAAGUCCUUCCCUCCAGUACAUCCUGCAGGGGCUUCUUCCCACUCAGACCUUUCUAGACUAUAGUCUGUGCUUAGAGAUCUUGUCUGGUUAAUGGCUUAAUGGUUAAACAGACAUUGUUUUUUUACUUCUUUGAAUAUUUAAUUUAUAGACUUUUUUUGACACUGCCAGGUCUUAUUUGUGGCCUAUUCCUCUGCUUCUUCCAAGAAUUUGCUUUUUAUUAAUCCAGUGUAGGGGCUGCCAUGUUCUAUUUCUCCACAGAAAACACUUGCUUUUUUAAAAUAUUAAAGUAUAUAGUAAAUAGGAGCUUCCUUUCAGCUGUUUCAAAGAGGUGUAAAAACAUAUCUUGAUGUUAGAGUCUCUUUUGAAGUAAUUGAUUUUUCCAGGGUGAGCUGAUUUGAAAGAUGUUUCAGAGAGAUCAUCUGGUCCAGACAUUUAAUUUAAACACAAAGACAGGCAAAUGAAUUGUCUAAAUUCACGUAUUGUCAGUGGUAGAAGACAGCCAGAAUCUGGGCCUGAUUCCAAACCAAGGCUCUUAUGCUGCUUCAUUUGUUUCCCAGUCUUAAGAGGAAGGCAGGAAGGUUAAAAUGCAAAAAAGGAGGGGUAUUGGCGGCGGCUUAGUGGUGGAGUGCUUGUCUAAUGUGCACACGGUCCUGGGUUCACUCACAGCACUAGAGAUGAGAGAUGGCUGCUGAUUAAGAGUGCUUGCUGCGUAAACAUGGAGACUGCCAUUUGGAUCCCAGCACCCAAACAAAAGCUAGGCAUAGUCACACACACACACCUGAGACCCUAGAACCAACAGGAUAGCCAAUGGAACUGUCUAGCUACCACUAACCAAAAGAGGGUGGGGGAGGGGAGAAAAAGGAGGGGGUGUCUCCAGAGUUCUUGCCUCAAAAGAACCAAGUAUGGGAGAGGAAUAGAGGACACCCACGUGUUCCUCUGACCUCUGUGAGCAUGCAUAGGUGCACAGCUCCAUGCUCUCAUACAAAUUCCUACGCUUACUCAGACACACAUGGACACACAGCACAGGAGAAAAGUGAGAAGUGACAAAAACAGGCUAUGAAGAUGAGAUAGUCUCUCACAGUGAACAAGAGAAGAAAGAAAACACAGAUAGGAAGGGAUAUUAUUAGUUCCUGAGAUACCAUUGAUAAUGUAAUUGUCACUAUGGGAUGUUGAUUACCCCUAAGAACCAGUCAGAAUUUCUGUCUGUCUUGUUACAUGUCACAAAGAUUCAAGUAGCUGGAAGUGGAGACAGGGAAAGGAAAAAUUAAAAACCAAAGUAGGCCAGAAUAGGAGGAGGUGAUAGUCCUCUGGGUGGGAAAGCUGACCUGGGAGACUUUCCUGGGAUUGAAAUGGGGAGUGAAACCUCCGGGCAGGGAAGUGAGGAUGGGCAAGCCCUCAGUACAAGGAAAGAAGAAAGCUAGCUGACAGCAUUAAGAGCCAGUAACAGCUGGCUGUGGCAUGUGCCUUUAAUACCAGCACCCAGAAGACAGAGGCAGAGAGAGGUGGGCAGAUAUGCGUAUGAGACCAGCUUGGUCUACAUAUUCAGUUCCAGGUCAGUCAGGGAUAGUCUUAAGAGACAAAGAUAAAAAUAAACAAAUGAGAAUAACCUUUAUAACUGCUUUUUUUUUUUUUUUUGCUAUUGUGUCAUCUCAGACACAGAGGUGCCUGCAAUGGAAUCUUCUCUUCAUUUCGGUUAUAGAAAUAUUUGACUAAGUCAGAAAAAUAGCUAAGUAUAAGUAAUCCUUCAAGAUUACCCUUGGCUCAGAGCAGUUUGAGAACUUCGAAUCUUGUCUUUCCUAGUGUCCCAACCUUCAGCCUGGCCAUGAGAGCCCCCUUAUGUGGGAGGAACACGCUCCUUCCCUGAGGCCCCUGCACUUUCGAUCAUUACAGCAUCACAUCCGCCAGCUCUUCUCUUAGGACAGACUGGAGAUGUCACCCUCAUUUCCCUACUUGAGAGCUCUACCUCAAGCCUGGACUCUUGGUUGCAAAGGAAGCAAACUACUGGCUCCUUCUAGUGUCUCUGGAUUUCCUGAGGGCCAGUAAGGUCAGGAAUUCUCAGGUUCUUGAAAGAGGCACUGAUUUGGCCCUUUGCAGCUCAGCACUGUAUGGCACCAGCGUGAACAGAUGGCCUUUACUCUUCCUUCUUGUCUCUGGAAAUCAUCAGUCAGUUGUUUUCUAGGAAUAGAAACAACGGGUGAACUGGACUCCGUGUCAUAGUUCACUCAGUUCAUUCACAACAUCUGAGUUUUCUAACCGAAUUAUUUUAAUGCCUAGGCAUAAUAGAGAUACCAUAAUAGAGAUAAUUAUAGGAAGUCUUGGGUUUAUUAGUGCUUUUUUGUUUUGUUUUUGAGACAGGAUCUUAUUAUGUAGGCUAGGCUGGCCUGAAACUCAGUAUGUAGAUGAGGCUAGCUUUGAACUCACAGAAAUCCACCUGCCUCUGCCUGGUCACUGAUGCUUCUUAAAUGCUGCCAAGUUUAUUACUCUUGCUUUUGGGGGGCUGGCGAAGUAAGGUCAGUAAGUUUUUCAUAGUUAGAAAAUGGUACUUUUUCUUAGGUGUAAGAAAGUGUCUACAUCAUGGUUCUGAGUCCCUGGGAAGGAGUAGCAGACCUGGCUCAUUCCUUAAUAGACACCACAUCCAGGAAGUUGAAGACAAUUGUUUGGUAUCUCUAUGUUCCAUUUGAGGAAGGGAUGGAUACCUUCUGACUUCCCUUUUUUCUUGCUCUGCACACAGCCCACUAGUAUGGUUUUCUGUUCUUAGCUCAGAGUAUCUAUAGACUGGAUUACUAGCUGCCCUUACUUUUGUGUAGUAGAAAUACCGUUCAGGCUGGGGACUUGGAGGAGAUGAACUGGCUCCCUCCUCCUGUUGCCAGGUCCCUGCAGUAGCACUUUAUCUGCUCAGGACUCUGGCUGUACUGGGCACAUCUGUGACACUGAUGUAUUAAUAAAGUGGGAUUGUUCUCCGUG